GCCUAAUUCUAAACAAAACAAGAUAGAUAUCUAUUCAUUUUUACCCGUUUUGAUUUGAUUUUUCGAUUUGUAUACAUUCUUAUUUGUAGUGAAUACCCUUAAUUACGGUCCAAAUGUGAUAAUAGAAAAACACAAAGGACCAACAAUAUAAAUUUAAGGAAGCUGUAGAACCAAUAGAAAUUCAGCAUUGGAUCCGAAAUUCACAAGCCACAAAUUUAGAUACGCUUAUUAACACGUGUAGAGAUCUGCGUCCAUACAAAUUACCCACUCACCUCAACUAAACUUCGGUCCCACGCGCCCACUAACUCGAAAAACACUGACCACAAACUUCCUCUGCACACAAUUCCACUCUCUUGUCUUGUACCCCAAAAAGCCAAAGUUACUAUGUGAAUCUCCGGCAUUCGUCUUUUGUGAAUCUCGAUUACCUCUGUUGAUUCUCCGGCGAAAUAUCGAUUUUCGGUGGCGCGUUUUCUUUUGUUGGUGGAAAUGUGUAGGUGAUCCAGUAAAGAAAAAUCGGCCAUGUUUGAGCUAAAUUUGAAGCGUUUUGGAGUAGAUAGACAUUGUCGGUUCUAUAGAUAUGUUUAAUUGGAACGACAAAGAGCUAACGGAUAUAAUAUGGGGAGAAACUGGUGAGAGCGAUGACCACAUAGUGCCACAUCCUGAUGGAAGUGAAGGGAAAGCUCCAUCUUAUGGAGAUAACAUUAAGAAAGAAUGGGCUGUGGAAGCUUCUAACAUCAAGCCUACUGAUCAGAAGAAAUCUACAACUAAAACGGAUCUGAGUAAUAUUAAACUAGAUGGCAGUUCAAAACAUGAUAGUGGUGGAGCUAGCAUCACAGCUGGAUGCAGGAUGGAAUUGGGCGCUGAUCUAUCAUUGACCAAUGCUACAAAGAGUAAUCAAUAUUCCUUGGGUGCUGAAGCAUCUAAUAAUCUGACCGAAGUUCCAAAACAUGAAUGUCUUCGAGAUGAGGGAAAUCGGCUUGGUGACGAUUCUCGAGUUCUUCACCAUCAGAAUGAGGAACUGGAGCAAGGUGAUUUUAUUGAUUAUGGAUGGGCUAACAUUGGAAGUUUUGAUGACCUUGAUAAGAUAUUUAGCAACAACAACCCACUAUUUGGAGAUACAAGCCUUCCUAACACUCUCGACCUAUGGUCAUCUUGUAAAGAUGUUACAAGCAGCCCAGAUAAGUCUAUUCCCUUGUCUAUUGACUCUCCGAGGUUGGCGCUAGGAUCUCCGGGAAGCCCAUCCAAAAGAUUAAAAGUUAAAACCGAAUACAGGCUAGACCGAGAGAAGUCCUCCACUGCUGAUGAAGAAAAUGUUAAUGACAUCACAUUUAAUGUACCUCUGUGCACUGAUGCUAGGGACCAUGGUGGAGGCAAAAGUAUGCUUUUACCGAAGCAAAAGGAAUUAUGUGGAUCCUUGUCUCCUCACCUGAACAAGUUUGGCAUGCCAUCUGUAACGAAUCAACCUUGUCCAGCUUCAGAUCUCAGUCAACAAAGUCAGCUUCAAGGACCAGAAUGUUUGCAGCACAAACAUUUUCCAGGUCCUUUUUUUGCUUCUUCUAUCUAUGGGGAUACGGGUAAUUAUUGUUUUCCCAUGCCUGUCUGGCCACAGUUUCAUUCUGGACAAGCAAUCCAUCAACAUAUCAUUUCAAGUUAUAAAGAUUCUCCAGGCAAUUCAAAUCAUUUCAACAAGUCUCAAGAUGCUUCAUCAAAAUCUUUGAUGAUGACGCCUCAAGAAAAAAUUGAAAAACUAAGAAGGCGGCAGCAAUUGAGAGCAAUGCUUGCCAUUCAGAAACAGCAGCAGCAGUUUAGCUAUCAAACUGCAAAGGAAGGGGGAUCUCUUGAAGAGAAUUUGAGCUGUAUCCCUUCUCUGGACCCAAGCUCACCUUUAGAACAGGGUGACUCCAACACGGCUUGUUUGGCAGUUGAAAAUUCCUCAGUGGAAGACACGGCAGUGUAUCUUCUUCAGGAUGUUAUCUCAAAGUUGGACCUCAAAAUAAGACUCUGUAUAAGAGAUAGCUUGUUCCGACUGGCUCGAAGUGCUACACAGAGGCAAUGUGGCAAUGAUAGUUGCAGCACCAAGAAGGGUGGAAGAGAAGUCAGCAAAAAAGAAAUAAACACCAAUAACAGACCACCCUAUGUAGAGACUCAGACGAAUCCAAUAGACCGCACUGUAGCUCAUCUGCUCUUCCAUAAUCCGUCGGAGUUGCCAUCAACACUUGCUGAAUUUCCCAAGUUAUCAAUGUUUUCUAUGCUCAAUUGUGAAAGAAAAGCAAUUGGUUCACCAAGCUUUCCAGACAGAUUUUUGCAAGAGAAUUCUGAAACUAAUUCAACCACAGCUCACCAGGGACCAAAUGCUUCGGCCUCUGAUAAUGAAGUGGAUAUAAUGAAAAGUAGCCCCUGCAUUGAGUGUUUUGAGAAUGCAUCAAACAAUGAAGGAGCAGAUGCUAGUGUUAUUGGGGUUGAAGCCGCAUCGUGAAAUCAUCCCAUUGUCAGAUAUAUACAAGGGUGACUUCGUCCAUUUAUCUUAUGAUGAUUAUCAAUACUUAAUCCAUGGCUGAAGAAAUUCACUACUUAUGAGGAUCCUCUCUUUCGUUAUCAGCCAACUGGACACUGAGCAACCAUGAGUUUACAAGAAUUGAAAUUUGUGCCCUGGAAGAAACUUUUUUUAUUCUGGUGUGGUGCUUUUUCUCUUACCUUCUGUAAGAAAACUAAUUGCAGCAGACUUCUGUAGGUAAAUGAUGCUAGCUCGUAUAUGUUAUGCUAUUGUUUUUUGUUGUACUGAAGGUUUUCAGACUAUAAACAUACAUACUUCAACAGUUCAACUUGAAGUCCCGAUAUUGUAAUUUGACCACACACAGCGUGUGCCCUAUGUCUUUUGUUUUGAGAUUUUCAAUUUGGAACUCCAACGUGUACUGUUCUAUAUGAUAAUAGAUGCUCAUUAUUAAGGUUGGGGCAA